AUGGAACCACUGAGCCACGGUAACGUCCCAUUUGACUUGGCGAGAAUUUCUCCGCGCGCGUCAGGCGCGUCCCUUCCCAUCGGCGGUAGCUUCUCAGGAAGCGGCGGGAGCGCGCCUGUUUUCAGCAGCGGCAUGCUUCCUUGGCUUCGGAAUCCUAGCGAAUUGGAUUUGAACCUUCCUGCGUCACCGGCGGCCGACUCCGCAGCUACUCCCGCCCUUCCGCCGUCUUCUGCGGCCUUCCCUUCGUCAUUCCAAGUGCUCAAUUCCAGCUUUUGGGAAUCUGGCGCCAAUUGCGGCGCAGAUGGCGGCGCUGUAUCGCCUCCUGUUUCCGAGAAUUCGUCAGAGUCGUCGCUGGUGGCGCGUGGCAGUGAGAGCAGCAGCACGGACAUGGAUGACGAAGACGAUAAUAACGAGGAUGAGGAUGACGACAGUGAUGGAGAGGCGGACUCGGGAUUAAAGCCGCUGAGGUUAACGAAGAACGUGACAGCCAUGACCUCUCUUCCCUCACAGCGAAGCCUUUCGUCUCACUUCGGAGGCAAAUCUCGCACCUUUUCGUCACUCGCCGACGUGUCAGCCAUCCAAACCAUUCACGGUCUCGCAAAACCGCCUCCAGGCCUCUGCCUCCGCCGAAUGCGCCGUCGUUCGCGCCUCUCCUCCGCAUCUGCUCUCCGCCACAGCCCCUGCGCCAUCCCCAUCGCUGCUGCGCAUCGCAGCAUAGGCAAGAAUCGCCCGGGUGCUGGCGCUGGCGCUGGCGCUGGCAUUCGUGGAGGCAGUUUUGGGCGGCUGGCGGCUCAGCAGGUUCAGUUCUCGCUGGCGCUGGCUGUGUCGAUGGGAAGCGUGGGUUGA